AUGGAUAACAAUUCCUCUACUUGUGAUCUAUGUAAAGUGACUUUUGGUAGUGAAACUGAUUCGAUUUUACAUUUCAAAGGGAAAAAACAUCUCAAACUAUCUGAACAGCAGAAGAACAUCAAUUGUGGAGUGUAUAUCACAGGUUUUUCCCGUAAUCAAUCAAAAGAAGAUGCUCUACAAUAUUUCUCAAAAUUUGGAGGAAUAGAAAAAAGUAUAGUUGGAUCUACUCUAACUUACAUGAUUAUAGUGUAUGAAAAGGAAGAACAGGCUGCCAAAGUAAUAUCUCUUGAUCAUUCUUUAGGAGGUAGACAAUUGAAAGUAGAAAAACGACAAGCUUUUCCACAUUUUGCUCUCGAAGAAAGUGUGGAUAAGGUUUUUCAUAAUGACUUAAUUUGUCGUUUGAAGGACAUAACAAACUUUGAAAACCAAGUACAUCAGUUUGUUCAAAUGACGACUCCAGAUUUGAACAGUAUAAGUUGGGCCUACAAUUUAGUCAAUUGGGACGUAUAUAAAGCAUUGUCUUAUUCCUUUCAACAAUGUUAUACUUUUAAUUUUGGAUCGAGUACUACAUAUUUACAAAUGAAUUCAAGUGACUUAGAUAUUUAUGUGGACAUAAGACCCAUGCCUGUAAAUGAAAGAAAUUGUUUAAAAGCAAUUAGGUUUGCUUUAACUAGAAGUAGGCUGUUUCAUAAUAUUAUUGACAUACCAACAGCUAAAAUACCUAUAGUGAAAGCCAUUCAUAAGCAAACUGGAAUGAAAUGUGAUAUAAAUUUCAAAAAUAUGUUGGGUGUUGAGAAUAGUAAAUUAAUUCGUUACUAUCUUUCCCUCGAUUCCAGAUUAAGACCCGUUAUGUUGGUUAUAAAGUAUUGGGCCAAAAUUCAAGGCAUAAGUGGAAGAAAUCAUCUUUUCACAAGUUAUUCGUUGGUAAUGAUGUUUAUUUUUUAUCUACAACAAUGUUAUUCCUUUCCAAGCGUUUAUGAUUUGCAAAGACAUACUGUACCCACAGAUCCUAGAGUUAUUUGGAAUAUGAACAUAGUUCCAAUAACAACUUUGAGAAGUACUCAUAUACAUUCAGUUCCAUUAUUAGAAAUUUUGAAGGGAUUUUUCAGAUACUAUUCCACUUUUAAAUUUGAUUCAGAAAUCAUUUGCCCAUACCUUGGAAGAACUGUUGAGAAGCAAUGUUUCUCAGACAUCAACCUUAUUCCAGAACAAAUGCAAAUUUAUAAAAAUAAUUUAGAUAACAUUGCACCUCUUAAAUAUGAUAAACCAGUGUGUCUCCAAGAUCCAUUUGAACAUAAUGCUAAUACAAGCAGAAUAAUAUUCAAAAAUAUUUUGGACAGAUAUAUAUCAGUAUGUUCUUCAUCUUUAGAGAUACUAUCUUCAAAUAAUCAAAAUAUGUUUAUAAGAUUAUUUGAUGUUAUUCAAGAGAAGGAACCUGAGAAGAAAAAGGAUAGUAAUGACCCAGAUAGCUAUAAUAUUAUCUUGGAAAAAACAGAUUUUCAGUCUGAUUCAAAUACUCAUUCAGCAGAAAUUUGGUAUGACCUUACCUUAGACUUUUGUUGUACAGUAUUUGAGAAGAUCUUCAAGUUAGAUAUGAAACUAAAAGAAAAUAACAAAACUGCAAGAGUUGCUAAUCAACAAGAUGUACAUGAUUCUGAUAAUAUCAAACAAUUUCAUGCACUUUCUUUUGUAAAUAUUUGGGAUUGUCGUAAUAUAAGCCCUGUUAAAAUUAAGGAUAAACUCGAUAAAUGUAAAACUACUUUAGACAAAGAGAUUGCAAUCAGUGACUUCAUAUGGGAGGAAAAUACUAAUAUUAAGCCAACAGUACCUAUAUUUGAAUGUGAUAUUAUUGUAACCUAUCUCAAAGACCCCACCAGAAUUAAUAUUGAAGUUGUUAAAAGAAACUCUUACAAAAAAAUUUUCAAAUCUUUCGGUUUAUAUAUUAGUACUAAAAUUCCACAAUGGUUCACGUUACAUACUAAGAAAGUGAAUGAAGUACAAAGUGUCAAAUCAUCGGGUAAAACGGCUCAUACAAAGUGAUUGAUUUUUUAAAUUUUAUUGUAGAUACAUUAUGGAAAUGUAGUUCAUUUUUAUUUGUAUGUGAUAUUGGCAUUGAAAAUAAAAUAUUUUUAAUAAGCA